AGGACAUGACAUUUCCUGGUUCCGUGGUGUCUGGGACCACUAGUUCAUCUCUGCAGCCACGAUGGAAGCGGGUUCUAGGAUGGUCUGGGCCUGUGCCUCGGCCCAGACAUGGUCACAGAGCCGUUGCUAUAAAGGAAUUGAUGGUUGUUUUUGGAGGAGGAAAUGAAGGAAUUGUGGAUGAAUUGCAUGUCUACAACACAGGUAAGAUAAUUUAGCGGAAAUGUGUAGCCUGACCUAUUUAUUACCUGAGAAACUGUCGCCGUCUGGUGGUACAGAACUGAAAGCGCACAAAAAAAAUGGCGCGCUAAAAUUAAAUGGACGACAGGGGUACCGUUUUGAACACUAAAUUAUGCUGUAUCGCAUGUGGAAUGGAUGCACGCAAUUUCUGUUCACAUGACUGUACUGAUAUUUUCCUGAGUAGCAAAGUUAGGUAGGCCUAUUUCAACAUUUUGUUCCCAAGAAAGACAAUGGAUUGCAGCAAUUCCCAUGUUUUAUGAUAUUGUGACUUAUGUAGUCAACAUGCACAGCUAUACAAGUCUUACAUUCUUCUUAUUGUCUAUGUUUACUUUUAUGAGGGAGAAAGUAUGUUACAAUUGACAUUUCAGUUGUUGUUUUUAAUCUUUGGGUUAUGCAGAUAUAAGUACAAUGUAUAGAAUAUUCAACAUGCACUUCUCAUGUGACAUACCUGGCCUGAAGAUGCAGGCUGCAUUUGUCAGAGAUGCUUGGAUCAUGCUCAAGUAAAUAUUUACUCAAAGAGCAUUCGCUUCACACCUCACAUCAUAGGCGUACCUAGCACUUGACAACCCAACGUUGUCUACACACAGACUAACCUCUACUUGUUUCAUCUAGCAACAAACCAAUGGUUUAUCCCUGCGGUUCGUGGUGAUAUUCCCCCUGGAUGUGCUGCAUACGGUUUUGUUUGUGAUGGCACCCGGCUUCUGGUGUUUGGUGGAAUGGUGGAAUAUGGAAAAUACAGCAACGAUCUCUAUGAGCUACAGGUAUUGGAAUGCUUACAGCACACUCUCGCUCUAAACAUUGGUAGCGAUAAAACCAGGGAUAAAAUGGCUGUCUUUAAGUACUUAUAAAUAGAUUAUUAUGAUUACUGGAUUACAGCAUGCUAUCAUCUUUUGCAUUUUGUCUUGUAUGCUUUUUCUUGUUCAGGCCAGCAGAUGGGAAUGGAAAAAGUUAAAAGCUAAGUCCCCCAAAAAUGGCCCACCUCCCUGUGCUCGACUUGGCCACAGUUUCUCUCUGGUGGGCAACAAGUGCUUCUUGUUUGGAGGGCUGGCUAAUGACAGCGAGGACCCCAAAAACAACAUCCCUAGGUACAGUUGCCAUAAGAAGGAGACGUGAAAUGUGACCAGUGGAGUAACAGGAUAAACUGAUGGGGCGGCAGGUAGCCUAGCGGUUAAGAGGUUUGAAUCCCUGAACCGACUAGGUGAAAAAUCUGUCGAUGUGCCCUUGAGCAAGGCACUUAACCCCAAUUGCUCCUGUAAGUCACUCUGGAUAAGAGACUGCUAAAUUACUAAAAUGUGAAUGGUUUCUAGUAAGUACUGCUUGACUUGGGCAGGAGCUCACUGGAGCGGAGUACCGGCUCCUUUAAAUAUUCUACUGCUUGAGCGCCUGUUCCUCUUAUAGAAUACUAGCUCUAAAGUCUUUUGGAGCUCCUGCCCCUAAAUAUAAACAGUACUGGCACCCAAAAUGAGCACUGGUAGUAAGCAAUUGGAAAGACAAAGACAUUCUGACUGAAAUCUCUCUUUUGUCACUAGAUACCUGAAUGAUCUGUACACCCUGGAGCUUCGUGCUGGCUCCAGUGUUGUGGGCUGGGAUAUACCAAUUACUUAUGGUGUUUUGCCUCCUCCUCGCGAGAGCCACACUGCUGUAGUGUACACAGAAAAGGAGAGCAAGAAAUCUCACCUGAUCAUCUAUGGAGGGAUGAGUGGCUGUCGUCUGGGAGAUCUAUGGACUCUUGACAUUGGUAGGCUCCCGAGUUAACAGUAUUACCAUAUUAUUAACAGUGAACCAUUUGUCUCUUACUCUAAUGAAUCAGUCUUGUCAAUGUAUUUUCUAAAUUAUCUUGCUCUGUCUACAGACACCCUGACCUGGACUAAGCCAUCAGUGAAUGGCACAGCACCUCUGCCCAGGAGUCUCCACUCUGCCAUCACCAUCACAAACAAGUGAGAUCUCCCUAAAUACCUGUUGGAAAGAUCAAUUCAGUGUCUGGGAUAACAAUCGGUUAAAUCUCUCUCAGCAGAAACCUAUUUUGUGACUGCUUGCUUCUGAUCUCUUUGUCUGCCUCUCAUUGUAGGAUGUUUGUGUUUGGGGGAUGGGUUCCCCUUGUUAUGGAUGACGUGAAGGUGGCAACACAUGAAAAGGAAUGGAAGUGCACAAACACACUGGCCUGCCUAAAUCUCGGUUCGUCUUUCCCAUUUUAAGUUAUUGGUGCUAAUACUUGCAUUUAAACCUUACAUACUGUUGAGUAAAGUUUAUAUAGAUUUGUGCAUUAUGAAUUGACCUACUUCAACAAGCUCAUUCUGAGUGAAACCAUUCACUGUGACACUUCCAUUGAUAAAUGGCACAGUGUCACCUGGUGGUGAAAUUAUAUUACUGUCAAAAAAUAAAAUGUAACCCUCAUGUUUCUUUUUACCCCAGACUCCAUGGCCUGGGAAUCAGUGUUGAUGGAUACCUUGGAGGACAAUAUCCCAAGGGCCCGGGCAGGACAUUGUUCUGUGGCCAUCAACUCCAGGUUGUAUGUCUGGAGUGGCCGUGACGGUUACCGUAAAGCAUGGAACAACCAAGUCUGUUGUAAAGACCUCUGGUACCUUGAGACAGGUGAGUCACCAUUAUUUUGCUCAUUUACUCUGAUAAAGCAAGCCCACAUUAUUUGCUCACGUGUGCUCUUGGCAAGGCUUACUCUGCUUCUGUUGAUUGCUUAUAAGAAAUGUGAUCAUUUUGUCUUUUGGUUACAGAGAGGCCACACGCUCCCUCGAGGGUGCAGCUUGUCCGUGCCAACACCAACUCCCUGGAGGUGAGCUGGGGCGCUGUGUCCACCUCAGACACCUACCUGCUGCAGCUGCAGAAGUACGACAUCCCAGCUGCCACUGCUGCCACCUCGCCGGCCCUCACCGCCACCUCUUCUUUGCCAGGGAACUCGCCCAAAAGCCCAGCUGCAGCUGCUCCCUCUGCUCAGAACCUACCACACACAGGUAUCACUAUGGUGCCCCAUGCUUCCUCCCCUACUAUCCUUCCCAACAUGCCCGGAAGCCCGCUGGCUGCCUCCACAGCUCCUGGGCCAGUUAAAACCAUGCAUGUCCUACUUGUUUUGUGGAGGCUGUUCGUACCAUUUUGUGGACUAUCGUCAUAGAUAGUUUGCAUUGUUCUCUUCUACAGCACAUUGUAUUUCGAUAACCGUAGCCCAAAAUGGUAUGUAUAAAGCAGACCUCGAAGGCUCUAUAAUGAGCAGGUAUUCUGUUUAUUUGACAGCCAUCUUGAAGGUUGCAGCCCCUCAGUCUGGCACGGGUACCUCCCUUGUUACUGUGCGAGCCAACCAGGCUGGGAAAUCCCCUGUCACUGUGACAUCACUUCUUCCAGGAGUUCGGAUGAUGGUUCCUGCCCAGACUGCCCAAGGAACGGUAUGGACAAUUGUGAAUUGGUUUUGUUAUUCAAGGAUAAAAAGUUGUCAAGAGUAAUGCCAAGAGAGCAUUGUCUCACUCAAGACUGUUUGUUUUCCUUUAAGCCAAUUGGCAAUAGCCCUCAGAUGAGUGGCAUGGCAGCUUUGGCUGCAGCUGCAGCAGCCACACAGAAGAUCCCGCCCUCUUCAGGCACUGUGCUCAACAUUCCAGCAGGUGCCACCCUUGUCAAAACCAUAGCUGUCUCCCCUGGCUCCACCACAGUCAAAACGUCAUCUCCUCUCAUGGUAAGACUCCUAAAAUAUCAGUCUGUGGAAAUGAAACUCGCUGGCAGAAUGUAUGGGUUUGUCAGGCAGUCUCUGUCAAGGCCCAGUUUAGAAUUGACACCGGAAAAAACAUUUAGUAUUUUCUACUUCCAGGUCAGUAACCCAGCCACUCGCAUGCUGAAGACGGCUGCAGCUCAGGUGGGCACAGCGACUGUAUCAUCACCCAACUCGCCCAACCGACCCAUCAUCACUGUGCACAAGUCAGGCACGGUCACUGUAGCCCAGCAACACCAGGUGGUUACCACCAUGGUGGGAGGAGUCACCAAGACCAUCACCCUGGUCAAGAGCCCCCUUACUAUGGGAGGCAGCGGCACUCUGGUGAGAGAACUAGACAGUCUUACAGGACAGGGAGGGAGUACAGGGAGAAGGCUGUGUGAGAAAUGGCUCUCCUUAUACAAGAUCCCACUUAAGGAUUUUAUAUGCAUGCCGUGAACUGAGAAAUAGUUCUGCACACUUGGAUUUCUUUAUUUCGUCCCCCACCUGUAUCCAUAUGACUCUAGGCAUGAACCCGUUAUAGAAGAUGUGGCUGUGGAAAACAGCUUGAUUUCAUAGAUCUGCAUGACUGUCAGGGUCAGUUAGCAUGGAAUAAUGUGGCUAGCCACACUCACAGUUCAGUUGUCCGCCUGACACACUGAUUUCCUGAGGCCAAAUACUGUGAUGUUUUCUGGUGACUCAUAAACUUGAGUCUCUCUCCUAUGUCAGCAGAUCUCCAGCCUUGGCAAGAUGAUAUCUGUGGUACAAACCAAGCCAGUGCAGACAUCAGCUGUUACAGGCCAGGCUUCCAUUAACCCUCUAUCACAGCUCAUACAGGUCAGCUAUCUUCAUGAGUGCAGGAAAAGGAGCUAGCUAAUACUCCAUGGACAGGCACAGCCGGCUUUCACUUGAUCAUAUUCAUAAUCCACUUUGUCUCCCGUAGACUAAGGGUUCUCUCCCUGCCGGCACCAUACUGAAGCUGGUGACAUCAGCAGACGGCAAGCCCACCACAAUCAUCACCACGUCCCAGGCAGGGGGCACAGGGAACAAGCCCACCAUCCUGAACAUCAGUGGCAUGUCACCCACCACAAGCAAACAGGGCACCACCAUCAUCAAGACCAUCCCAAUGUCUGCUAUUAUGACCCAGCCUGGAGCCACAGGUCAGAACCCACUGGCUUCAUGUUUCAGGGACAAUACAACAGAAUACAAUGGGACCAUAUGCUGACAGGUAUUAUAAUUUUUUGUUUUGUUAACAGUGACCAGCAGCAUAGGGAAGAUGCCCUACACCAUCCUCACCACCAAGAUGAUGACCUCUGGCACUCCAGGCAAAAUCAUCACUACCAUGCCCAAGCUUGGCACUGCAACUGGCCAGCAGGGGCUGACACAGGUACCUCACAGAAAUGACCCUUACAACCUCUUGUAGCAAAUGCAUGAUAUUGCACAAUAUUUAUGUGUUGAAGAUGUUUCACAGUUUUUACAUUGGUGCUCUUUCCUAUAACUUUUAAAUAUCACAUGGCAUUUAUAUUUAGUCACAUACGAUACAUCCCGUACAGCAAAGCCUUUGGAGCAGUUGAAAUGCUUGUAUACUUCUGGGGACUAUAUUUGGAUCUGCUCUGUUGAUUGGUGCUACUAAUACAUUUGGCUGUAUCAAAUGUCUUGCCCUAGUAGAUUAGUUUUAUAGUGCCCCCUAGUGUCUCAAUUAUACCUCCCCCUUGGUGGUUUUAAGGUGGUUUUGAAGGGUGCUCCGGGCCAACCUGGUACCAUUCUGCGCACUGUACCCAUGGGUGGAGUCCGACUCGUCACCCCGGUUACGAUGACUUCUGUUAAGCCCAAUGUAACUACACUGGUCGUCAAGGGAACAACUGGUAUGGAUGACAUUUCAUAAUUACUCCUUGAUUGCAAAUGGUCUGUUCAAUUAAUAAGCAUGCAGUAAAAAAAAAUCUGGCAAAGUUUCAGCUGUCUGCCCUUUGAGUUUGUGAUUUAUUUGUUCCCCUAGGUGUCACCACCCUGGGGACAGUCACAGGCACAGUCUCCUCCAGCCUGGCAGGGGGAAGUGUAGCCAGUGCCAAUGCCUCUCUGGCAACUCCCAUUGCCACCCUGGGAACCAUCGCCACCCUGCCCAGCCAAGUCAUCAACCCCACUGCCAUCACUGUGUCAGCGGCCCAGGCCAGUCUGACCACAGCCACUACCCUGUCCACCUCCACCAUGGUAAGACAGCUAGGGGCUAUUCUUUAUACAGAAAUGUAGAUGUAGCUCCAAUUUAUGUUAUUGAGAAUUGGAACAUGAAAUGUCAUGCUGCCCAAUGUGGAGCACUUUUUGAAUGGGUUUUCUCAGUCAUAAUCAAUACCUGAUAUGCUCUCAUUGCAGUCGUUGAACCAGCCAACCCAGGUGACUCUCAUCACCACCCCCAGCGGGGUUGAGGCCCAGCCAGUGCAGGACCUGCCUGUGUCCUUCCUGGCCUCACCCACCUCUGAGCAGCCCUCCUCCACUGGGGUUGGGGAUGCCCCUGGUACUGUCACCAUGGUCUGCUCCAACCCCCCCUGUGAGACCCACGAGACAGGAACCACUAACACAGCAACCACAGCCGCCUCCACUAUAGGUGGGGUGCAAAAGGUCUGCUCCAACCCCCCCUGUGAGACGCAUGAGACGGGCACCACCAACACGGCCACCACUGCAUCUGCUAACAUGUCAGUGCCGCGUGUCUGCUCCAACCCUCCUUGUGAGACCCACGAGACUGGAACCACCAACACCGCAACGACCACUUCCACCAACAUGGGAGUGGCAAUGAGGGUGUGUACAAGCCCUCCGUCAGAGACCCAUGAGAUGGGCACCACUAACACCUCGACGACCACCCACUCCAUCAUGGGCACUAACCAAAUGGGUACUGUCCAGAGUAGCUCAUCAUCUCUGCCCUCCUCUCCCCCUCAGACGACCACCUCUGCUUACCCCGGAACUGCCACAGGCAACCAGGGACCAGAAAACCUGCGCACCGGCACCACCUUCACCCCCACCACAGCACGCUCUAACAUGGGCUCAGCCCAGACCGGCACCGUGCAGAGUCCCAAGCCAGCCGUGGGCCUUACGGUUUGCUCUAACCCGCCCUGCGAGACACAUGAAACGGGCACAACCAGCACUGCCACUCAGUCCUCGUCCGGCAUGGGUAACGGGCAGACUGGCACUGUGCAGAAGGUGUGCUCAAACCCACCCUGCGAGACCCACGAAACGGGGACCACCAGCACCCCGUCCCAGGCCAGCUCCAACAUGGCUGGGAACCAGACAGGAACAGGGACGGUGCAGAGGGUGUGUUCCAACCCCCCCUGUGAAACCCACGAGACUGGCACCACCAACACGGCAACUACUGCCACAGGUAUAAUGCUAGAAUACAUACUUGUUUUCAAUAUUUUUAUUUUUAAAAAUGUUGUAGGAUUAUAUUUCAUGCCCUGUGUUAAUGCGUGUCCUACAGCAGAUGGAGCAGACGGAAGCACCAGCAGUACAGAGACUCCCUCCACCACUGCAUCAGGAACAACCCCAGCCACCACCCAGAGCAGAGCCAUCACUACUGUGACCCAGUCCACACCAGCCCCGGGGCCCUCAGUACCUGUAAAAGAAGCACUAACAAUACUUUGCCAGUCUAGACUACUGAUGCACUAGCAAUUUCAGAAUUGUCAUGCUAACGGUCUAGUUCUAAAUCACUCACUGGCAUGGUUAGGCAAAUUAUCAGCAACUAAUGCCAAAAAUAAAUGCAUUAUAUUGACAAUUCAGUCAUCUUGGCCAUUUUAAGAAUUUGCACUCUUGCUCAUUUCUACCCUUGUAUUUCCAGUCCAUUUCUUCAAUCACUGAGGGUGCAGCAGUUUCCACAGAAGAGCCCAUGCAGACUGAUGCGGCCACAGAGGGGGGAGACACCGCUAUGGAGACUGGGCUCCCCCCAGAGCUGAUGUCAGAGGGACAGAUGGGAACAGGUCUGUCUACAGAGGAACUGGCUGUGACUGCAGCAGCGGAGGCAGCAGCACAGGCCCGGGCCAUCCAGGCAGUUCUCCAGGCAGCACAGCAGGUCGCCAUGAGUAAGUAUGGACUUCAGAUUGUUGGUAAAUUACAUAGAUUAAUCUGAAGACUUAACGUGUGUGAAGACAACCGCUACCCAUUUACAUUUUGGUCAUUUAGCAGACGCUCUUAACCAGAGCGACUAACCGAUGCAAUUGGGGUUAAAAGCCUUGCUCAAGGGCACAUCGACAGAUUUUUCACCUAGUCAGCUCUGGGAUUCAAACCAGCAACCUUUUGGUUACUGGCCCAACGGUCUUUAACCGCUAGGCUACCUGCCACCCCAACUGCCACAGUCUCACAAUCAAAAUGUAAGUUCUUUGCAUGCAUAGACGAGGGUGAUUCUGGCUCAGACGGACAGCAGACCACCACAAUCCCCAUCGUUCUGACCCAGCAAGAGCUGGCGGGCCUGGUCCAGCAGCAGCAGCAGCUCCAGGAGGCUCAGGCCCAAGCCCAGGCCCAGCAGCAAGGAAACACCCAAGCCCUGCCCACUGAGGGCCUGGCUCCCGCAGACAGCCUCAAUGACCCCACGUCUGAGAGCAACGGACACAAUGAGAUGGUUGCAGCCAUUUCCAGUGCAGUGGCAUCACUGCUGCCGCGCACCUCCACUGAGAGUAAGUCUUUCUGAAAAAUUUAAAAAAUGCUUUGUUCUUACUGAUAGUGUUUCUCCAGGUCUUAAAUUGACCUCUCCCUUGUGUCCCAUUGACUCUGUAGCUUUGGCCCCCUCAAGCACAUUUGCUGUUUCCAGUCCAGCCAAGCUGCAACCUGCAGCUUCUCUAGCAGAGAUGGCCAAUGGCAUCGAGGGUGGGGUGAGUACCCAUAUUGGUCCUGUUUUUAUCCUGCCGGUUUGAUGAUCAGAAUUUGAGAGGAACAUUGAAUGGCAUAGCAUGUUCUAACUCCCUUUUUGUCUCUGUCAUACAGAAGCUAAACCCUCAACCAGCCCCUAUCAAGACACUUGUAAAAAAAGAGAACCAAUGGUUCGAUGUUGGAAUCGUCAAGGUGACAAACAUGGUGGUCACACACUUCUUCAUCCCAGGGGACAAUUCUCAAGUAGAGGUAAGCCUCAAAGAUGGAUUCAUCUCCCGAGUGGCGCAGCGGUCUAAGGCACUACAUUGCAGUGCUUGAGGCAUCACUACAGACCCAGGUUCGAUCCCAGGCUGUGUCACAACCGGCUGUGACCGGGAGUCCCAUAGAGCGGCGCACAAUUUGGCCCAGCGUCGUCCGGGUUAGGGGAGGGUUUGGCCGAGUGGGCUUUACUCGCGCUCUAGCGACUCCUUGUGGCGGGCCGGGCACCUGCAGGCUGACUUUGGUCGUCAGUUGAACAGUGUUUCCUCCGACACAUUGGUGCAGCUGGCUUCCGGGUUAAGCGGGCGGGUGUUAAGGAGCACGGUUUGGCGGGUCAUGUUUUGGAGGACGCAUGACUUGACCUUCGCCUCUCCCAAGCCCGUUGGGGAAUUGCAGUGAUGACACAAGAUCGCAAUUGGAUAUCACGAAAUUGGGGAGAAAAAGGGGGUAAAAUACACCAAAAUAACUAACAAUAGAUAGAUAGAUUCAUGCCUUUAUGGCUUAGAGAUCAGUGAGUUUAGUGCAGCACUAACGAUGUGUGUGUUGUAGGAUGACUCUGGUGCCAUCCCAGACUACAACCAGAUGAAGAAAAUGGAGCUGCAGCCUGGCACAGCCUACAAGUUCCGUGUCGCUGGCAUCAAUGCUUGUGGUCGUGGUUCCUUCUCAGAGAUCUCUGCUUUCAAGACCUGUCUACCAGGCUUCCCAGGAGCACCUUGUGCCAUCAAAAUAAGCAAGGUAAAACUAUGCAAACUAGUCAUGAAACAAUUACUGUAUUAGAACACCCUUGACAAAUAAACACAAGUUGUCAAGUUUUUCUAGUCUUGAUGGAAUGUUGAUUGUAUUUUUGCUGGUUUUGCGUUAAAACAACAGUUCCAUCUUUUCCCCCUCAGAGCCCAGAUGGUGCCCACCUUACCUGGGAGCCUCCUUCGGUGACAUCAGGGAAGAUCAUUGAGUAUUCUGUGUACCUGGCCAUCCAAAGCACCCAGACAGCUGAGCCCAAGACCUCCACCCCAGCCCAGCUGGCCUUCAUGCGGGUGUACUGUGGGCCCAACCCCGCCUGCCUGGUGCAGUCCACCAGCCUCUCGAACGCCCACAUAGACUACACCACCAAGCCCGCCAUCAUCUUCCGCAUAGCCGCACGCAACGAGAAGGGCUACGGCCCUGCCACACAAGUCCGAUGGCUGCAAGGUGGGCAGACUGAUUUUAAAUUCUGCUGUUCAACUAAAUGGAGCAGCGUCUUAUCAAUCGUAAUUAUGGUUGUACUUGAUUUGUUUGUGUUUUUAAGUAAGGUUUCCCUUGAAUGGAUUUCUCUCCCCUUUUCAGAGUCCAGCAAAGAUGGCGCCUCAGCAAAACCAGCCCCAAAAAGACCAGUUUCCUCACCUGAUGUGUAAGUACCUGGUUCCAUCUAGGCUACAUUACAUCACUCACUGGUCACUCAACAAAGGCAAAUGAUCUUAAAAAUACAGUUUUGCUUUCUGUCUGCCCUGCAGUAAGGCUGCUGGUCAAAAGAAAGCAAGAACGGACCAG